AUGUCAAAAAGGGCUAAUUUGCUUACUUCUUCUUCAGAUGACACGUUAAGCUCAUCAAAAGAGAUCAACUUAACUAACUCUUCAGAUGAUAAGGAUAGGAACUCUUCAAUGAGAAGUAACUCAAGCAAGCCAACAGUCGCGGAACAACAAGACAAAACUACAGAAAACAGUAGUGAUCGAACAGCGGCCAUUGAAAUGUCGCAAAGGGCAUCGAGAAAAGGCGACGUGGCCAGGAAUACUCCGCAACCGAAGGAAACAGCCAGUACGACCAACAGCGAGAAGAGCAGGAGAACGGAAACAUUGAGCCCCACCAGGUUCAGUCGUAUUCAGGAAAAACACGAGCUACAGAAUUUGAAUAACCGUUUGGCCGCUUACAUUGACCGCGUCAAGUACUUGGAAACCGAAAACUCCAAAUUGACCCAAGAACUCCAUUCUUUGGAAGAGGUGACAACCCGGGAGGUGUCCAACGUCAAGUUAUUAUUUGAGUCUGAGCUUGAAGAUCUAAGAAAUGCAUUGGACCGUGAAGCUAAACUAAAGAGCUGCAUUGAGUUAGAGUCUAGGCGUAAAACUUUAGAAGUCGAAAAGCUCAAAAUAAAGCUCGAUAAUGCUACAAAAGAACUGAAAGAAACUUCAGCAUAUGUAGCUCGAUUUAAUGAAUUAAAUUCUAAAUUUGGUGAAACUUUGAUCGACAAUAAGAAUUUAAAAGACGCUAAUAAGAAAUUGACCAAAGAAUUAACAUUAGAGAAGAAAACUUUUAAGGAUAAUCAAAAAAUAUUAGAAGAAGAAAUUUUACAAAGAGUUACAAUUGAAAACAAAUUACAGAGCACGAUGGAAAAUUUCAAAUUUAAAGAAGAGGUUCAUAAACAACAGCUCGAUGAUUCAAGAACUAGCCGCCGUACUGAAGUUAUUGGACGUUUAGUUAAUGAAUAUGAAGAUAAAUUACAAUCCGAAUUACAAAUAUUACGACAACAAGCUGAAGAAGAUGUCAAACAAAACAAAAAAGAAAUUUCUGAUUUGUUUGAUAGCAAGUUUCAAAAUUUAGAAAAUGAAUUGCAACGCAAAAAAAAAGCUCUGGAAGCAGCUCAAGAAGAUAUAAAUAUGGCCAAUUCGCGUGUUAAUGAAUUAAAUCAACAAAUAAAUGAUUUGUUGUCCUCAAAUAAUGAUUAUUUGAGGAAAAUUACCGAUAUAGAACGAUCUAAAGAACUUGAAAGAACUAAAUAUAUAUCGGAAAUUCAAGGACUUGAUCAAGAAUUAACAGCAAUGCAAGAUGAUAUGUCCCAGAAAGUACAAGAAUAUCAAGACUUAAUGGAUAUAAAAGUGGCACUGGAUAUGGAAAUUAGUGCUUAUCGAAAAUUAAUAGAGAGUGAAGAAAGGAGGUUGAGUAUUACUCCAAAUACUUCUGUGGUUGGCAGUCCCAGAGGCAAAAAAAGAAAAUAUGGUGAUGAUGAAACAGACUUGUUCCAUCAACCAGGUGAUCCUCAAUCUACCAACAAAUGUGUUAUCAUGUGA